CAGCGCGGCCUUAACCCCGCCCACUUCGGUUACCCCGGGCUGCAAAACAUGCACUCCUCCUCCUCGUAGUUAGCCUAUAGCGUUAGCAAGCUAGCUAGCCUUCUUUUUCCGAGCAGGAUGGAAAGCUGUGAGGGAAUGGAGGUGGAAGGCUGGGACUCCAGUCUGGAGGAAGAGCUGGGAAUCACUCUGGACGAGCUGAAGAAGUGGAUCGACGAGGCUGUGGAGAAGAGUGAAAUUGUCCAGAAGAAGAAGGCUCAGUUGACAGAGCUUAAGGAAUGGGUGGAGCAGAAAGAGGAGGAGGAGGCGAAGACAGAGAUGCUCCUCAGUGACGCUAAUCAGUCCAUAUUAGAGUGUGAGAAACUGGUGAAGGCGACUUACCGUAAGAAUGGUCUUGUGUACCGGGAGAGCAGCUCAGAAGAUGAGGGCAGCGGAGGAGGCCCAUUGUCUUCUGAGGUCAUUGAGAUUGAUGAUGAUGACGAUGAUGACGUCAUUGCUGUCGGCUUUUUGGUUCCACCAAAGAAGAUUGUUACUCCGAGCAAAGAUCCAGCGUUAAAGGAGACCUCCGUAGUUCUGCAGAAAACCUCACAGCAGGUACAAAAGCUGGUCCAAAUUGUCAACAGGUCUUCACCGGCUGGUUCGUUGGUCCGCACUACAGCACAGUCUUCAGCUCAGUCAGGUGUUCCGGGUUCGGCGCCUGCUGUGUUUGUGUCCCAAGUUUCAUCUCAGUCAAUGACUCAGCCGAACCCUAAAAUACCAGAAGACGAGCUUAAAGUCGGGAUGAGCAUUCUGGGAAAGAAACGCACCAAGACGUGGCACAGAGGAGAUCUGGUUGCUAUCAACUCUGUUGGAAAUGGUGUCGUCAAGUAUAAAGUAAAGUUUGAUAAAGGCAAGAGUCUGCUGUCUGGAAAUCAUGUGGCGUUUGACUAUAACCCGACCCUGGAGAGUCUGUACGUGGGGGCUCGUGUAGUCGCCAAGUACAAGGACGGCAACCAGGAGUGGCUCUAUGCUGGGGUAGUAGCAGAGAUGCCAAACAACAAGAACCGCAUGAGGUUUCUGAUCUUCUUUGAUGAUGGCUACGCUUCAUAUGUCACACUACCUGAGCUCUUCCCUGUUUGUCGACCAUUAAAACGUACUUGGGAGGACAUAGAGGAUGCAUCUUGUCGAGACUUCAUCGAGGAGUACAUCACUGCCUAUCCCAGCAGGCCGAUGGUGUUGCUAAAGGUCGGACAGAUAAUCAAGACAGAGUGGGAGGGAACAUGGUGGAAGAGCAAAGUGGAGGAGGUGGAUGGCAGCUUGGUCAAGAUCCUGUUUUUGGAUGAUAAGAGGAGUGAGUGGAUCUACAGAGGAUCAACCAGGCUGGAGCCGAUGUUCAAUCUGAAGAUGACCACAGCAAACACCCAGGAGAAGAAGCUGGCUGGCCAGCAGAGGACAAGACCUAACAUGGGGGCGUUAAGGAGUAAAGGCCCAGUAGUGCAGUACACUAGUGACGGGCACAUUGGAGCCUCCCCAGUCAAAAUGCCACAGGCCCCACCCAGCCAGCCUUCACCCACACUACAACAGGAGCAGCGUCCACAGCCUCAGCAGCCCCCACAGCCCCAACAACCUCAACAAACCCAACAAACCCCUCAGCCCACCAGUGUUCCACAGGCUCCACGUGUUGAGAAUAAGCAUCAAAUGGCAAAGAAGAGUACGUCUCCAUUUAUUCCCGGGGUGGGAGGUACACAUGCCUCUAAAGUCAUGCAGUCACUUGCUUCCAGUUCCAGCAACCUCCCAAGUGCAAGAAUAUUGAGUCCCCCAAAUACUCCUACACCCACGUUGGUACAGACGUAUCAGAGACAGUUGCCCUCUCUGGCUCCCGCCCCUCCUGCUAUAACCCACACCAUGGCCACCAUCCCUCACCAGCCCUCGUACCGCGCACCGACAGAUCGCAUCUUCUACCUGACACACAGUUGUCAGCCUGCCUGCUUGAAUCGCGUCCGACCGCCAAAACCGGACAUUCACAGAGGAAAGAACCCCCUCCUCACGCCCUUGCUGUAUGACUUUAGACGUAUGACAGGACGACGUAAAGUCAAUCGCAAGAUGUCUUUCCAUGUGAUCUACAAGGCUCCGUGUGGACUUUGCCUGCGUAAUAUGAGCGAGAUACAGAACUACCUUUUCCAAACGCGCUGUGACUUUAUAUUCUUAGAGAUGUUUUGUCUGGACCCCUACGUGCUCGUGGAUCGGCCUUUCCAGCCACAAAGGCCGUUCUAUUACAUUCUAGACAUCACUGGUGGAAAGGAGGACAUCCCACUUUCCUGCGUCAAUGAGAUUGAUACCACUCCUCCGCCUAAUGUAAAAUACAGCAAAGAACGUAUUCCUGAAGAUGGAGUAUUUAUCAACACCAGUCCAGAUUUCCUGGUUGGCUGUGAUUGCACCGAUGGCUGUCGAGACAAGUCCAAAUGUUCUUGCCACCAGCUGACUCUUCAGGCUACAGCUUGUACACCUGGGGGACAGGUUAACCCCAACGCAGGAUAUUUGCACAAGCGAUUAGAGGAGUGUCUGCCCACAGGGAUCUACGAGUGUAAUAAAAGGUGUAAAUGUUGUGCUCAAAUGUGCACUAAUCGGCUGGUGCAGCAUGGCCUGCAGGUCCGUCUUCAACUCUUUAAAACCCAGAACAAAGGUUGGGGCAUCCGAUGUCUGGAUGAUGUGGCCAAGGGCUCUUUUGUCUGCAUUUAUGCUGGUAAAAUCUUGACUGAUGACUUUGCGGACAAAGAAGGUCUAGAGAUGGGCGAUGAGUAUUUUGCUAACCUGGAUCACAUAGAGAGUGUGGAGAACUUCAAGGAGGGCUAUGAGAGCGAGGCUCACUGUUCAGAUAGCGAGGGAAGCGGCGUGGACGUUUCCAGGAUUAAAAUCCAGCCGUCUGCAUUAGUUUCUUCUAACACCGUGGGCCGACUGUCCAAAAACGCUCAAAGCUCAAGCUCAUCGGGCGAGAGCAAUGAGGACGAGGACAAGGACUCUAAGAGCGACGAAGAAAGCGACAGUUCAGACGACACAUUCGUGAAGGAAAGCUGCUUCAGCUCCAGCUCCGUGUGGAGGAGUUACACCACACGUGGGCAGGUCAAGGGAAACAAGGAAGGGAGUCAGGAUAGUAAAGAUGGAUUGAAUACCCCAGGAACUGACAGUGAGAAGCCGCCAUCCAUGCCGGAGGAGACGGGUAAAAGUAAAGUGGCUUCCUGGCUAACAAGCCAGGGCCUGAAGAAGGAAACUGGAGAGAGCAAGAGUCAAACAAAGACUGAAAUGGGAAAGAAGCAGGAUGUGAUGACUCUGUCUGACAGUGAUGAUGUUCAGACCAUUAGCUCAGGGUCUGAAGACAACAAGGAGAGAGAGAAAGUCACUACAGGUGUGACUAAAAAGCAGGUAGCAGUGAAAUCUACUCGUGGCAUUGCCCUGAAAACCAGCCACGGUCUGAUGGUGAAAACAGGUGCCCCUGGAGGCAUGGGGGGGCCGGGGGCUCAGGGAGGAAAAAGUGGACCACAGGGGCAGAGUGGAGGAGGUGGAGAAAACGCUUCCAAAAACACCCGCCUGUUCUUUGAUGGUGAAGAGUCCUGUUACAUCAUUGAUGCCAAGGUGGAAGGAAACCUGGGCCGAUACCUCAACCACAGCUGUAGUCCUAACCUUUUCGUCCAGAAUGUGUUUGUGGACACACACGACUUGAGGUUCCCAUGGGUUGCUUUCUUUGCUAGCAAGCGGAUCCGGGCCGGCACCGAGCUGACCUGGGACUAUAACUAUGAGGUGGGCAGCGUGGAGGGUAAAGUUUUGCUCUGCUGCUGCGGAUCCACCGAGUGCAGAGGAAGACUACUGUGAGCCAGCUGGGCCUCUACUGUAUCUGUAGGAAGUUACAAAGAGUUCUUUUAGUACUGUACCUUUGUUUUGUUAAGCUGUACUAUACAUUUAAUUAUAGUUUUGUUUGCCUUUUUUUUUGUAUGAGUUUGUUUCCUGGUUUAUUUUAUGUUCUGUGUUUUCACGUCUGAAUGAAGUUGAAUUUCUGUGAAUCGACCAAACAUCUGGGAAAAGACAAACCUUUCAAAUAAGUGUCAAUCAACCCAAUAAAGUAUAAACUGAUUUUUUUUUAUAUA